AUUCUUUUCUGGUCACACCAGUAAUAGCAAUGGCAGCGACUACUUUACGUAAAACCCCUGUGCUUGUGGCAAGUCUGGAGAGGUGUUUUGCCUCCGCCCCAAAGGUGAAGCCCACUAAGAACCGCACAUUAUCUGCUGUUGGCGAGUCGAUUGCCGCCAAAGGAUUCCUGCGUCCCCAUAAGCCCUACUCCCCACCCGCAGAUGCCGCAGAACGUGUGCGCUCCGUGGCCGCCACACUCAAGUUGAAAUCCGAUCAGUUGGGGAAUCUCUCCGAGAAAUUCCAGUUCCUGGCUGCCUGCUUCCAAGAGCUGCAGCACGGAGUGCCCAACUCCCAGGUUCAUGAACUGCGCACCAUCGGCGAUGUCAUCUCCUUCUAUGAGACAACCGUGGACACAACCGUCCCAUUGGAUGCACUGAAGCGCGUUGAGCUGCCGGAGAAUCUGCACAUCCAGUACGAGUACGUGCGCUUCAAUCCCGAAACAGACACCAAAUUCGACGGCAAGACAGCCUUCCCCAAGAGCUCUACUCUGGUCACUGGUCUCAAGUACCGCUCCAAGUACGAGGGUCACGAAGCCAAGCGAUCCUGGCCUUAGAAACGCGCAUUCGUUAGUCUUUAACGUUUUACACUUAUUAAAUGAAAUCAGAAAAGCGA